AUUGAAUCAGUCAACGUUGUUGAUAGAAAGUUUAUAUAUUCGCUUAUUUUAGUGAAAGGAGUAAUAGUCAACCGCUGCGAGGCAGGUGUACUGAAAGUAAAGAUCGAUAAGAGCGAUUGGCCAGCAUCCAUCAGUGUUAGAUUCAUUAAUGAUAAACAAGGGCAAUUUAAACUCCUGUUGAGUCUUAAGUCUGGCAAAAACAGGAUGACUCUUGCCUAUUGCCAUCAUGAGCUAGAAUUGAACUUAUACCAAGAGGAAUCGCAAAAUCCUUACUCGGUUACGCCUUUGUACAUAAUAUGCCAGGGGCACAAUGGGUGUUACCAGUCUGAUACGAAAGAGAACGACAUCGACAAUGCAUGUAGGAAAAUUACGUUGGGCCUACAAUUAGUACAAUGUUUGUAUGCGGAGAAGCUUGCCGAAAAAGGAUUAGGAAGAAAGACAUUUACUAUCGGUUGCGAAUGUUUGCCAUUUUACAGCGCAUUGUCAUUGGAAGAUUCCAAAACUAUGACUGACCAGAAACUGUGGAACUACUUUGCUAAGGAAAUUUUGGAUUCGGAGUUUUUUUUUACAAACAACUCGAAACAAGUGCCCACGACUCGAUGUUUAAAUUUUUGUUUUUAUGAAUAAUUCAAUUGUGAUGACAUUGCUAAAAGUAAUCUUAAUUUUCGAGUCACAAUCUCCUAAUCUAGUUCUGUAUUGAAAUUUUGAGUUAUGUGUAUAUGCCAAUUUUUUAUGAAAUUCGCGUUGAUGAUAUGUAAAAUUUGCAGAUACGGUGGAUGUUAUGCUACAACCAUCGGCUCGGUAUGCCACGAGAUGGGUCAUAUAUUUGAUCUCGGCCAUACGACGGUUGGCCUUAUGGGUUCCGGAAUAGAUCACAUUAAUCUUGUAUUUACGCUGGUCACAAACACGGAGGACCUGCCGGAUCGGAUCGUUAGUCGAACGGUUGCGAAGAGAAAGCCAAUGAAUAGUAAACUAACCGCUAUCAAGCGACCCGGAGAAUUUCUUCUGAAAUACCAACAGCAGAAGGAGAGUGAUUCUACAUAUUUCACAGACAAUUGUGCCACUACCUUACAUCUUCACAAAUGGUUCAACUUCAACCCCAGCACAAGCGAUAAUAAUUGUGAUACUAGGCUAAGCUUUAAUUUUGUUACUCGAUUUGUAACGAGCGUGAAUUCGUUCUUAAAACUCAUAGAGUUGCGUGAUAAAGAGGAUGGGAUGCUCAAAACUUUCUGGUCAUUUCUAGAUACCGAUUUAGAUCGAUUCCAAAUCGUAGAAGAUAUUCAAUUGGACGGACUGACAUUAUUUGUGAUUGAUAGCUUUGGUAAUAUCCUAAAGCAAGAUUUGUAGAAAACCGAAAUUUACAGUGAUAACAAUGAUUCCACACAAGUUCUAGAUAAUCAUGACCAAAGAAAAGCGAAAUACUGAUAUAAUAGAUACUGUAGUGUAUUCUAUAGCCCAGUGAGUGUUUCUGAUCCACAUUAAAUGUGUUCUAAAGCGAUUAGGGGGAGAUAGUAUCGAGCGACCAUAUGACGCUCAAAAUUAGUUCAAAUCUGAUAAGAUCACUACUUAGCAUAAAACAUAUUUAUUACAUGUACCAAAUAGAAUUCUUUUAACUUGUUGCUUACUGUACUCUUUUAUUGCGUAGCCGCGAAAUUCUCUUUUACAAUUCAAGACAAAACAAGACAGAGUAUUAUGUCUGAUACAAAUUUUGAAAACGUUUUCGUAUAAAGGCUUGAUAAUUGAAAUUGCCUUACGAUGUUUAGCAAAGGGGAUUAUUCUGACGUAUGACUUACGUCUUUCUUCACUGCAUAUACUGCGUGUCAUUUCAAUACUUUCAAAACGGAUGCUUCAUGUACACUUUGAACCUUAAUAAAAUUCUCCCUAUUCAACUAA